UCUGCUGCACUCGCAGUCAUCGGUUGGACGUUCCCGACGCGACUCGUUCGCGUUGAAUGUCGUCGCUGUCAUCGUCGUCGUCGUCGUCCUCGCUCGAGGACGCGCUCGGUCCUCCGAUGAGACCGUUCUGCCGCGCGCGUUGCCCCGCGACGAGCCCCCCGCGCGAGCGAGAUGACGGCGGCCGGAGCUGUGAGACGACUUAAGACCCCGGACCCACGUGGGGGGGCUACUGCUACCACUCGAGGUCGGGCCCUCGAGAAUCGCGAGGUCGUCGUCGUCGUCGUCGUCGUCGUCGUCGUCGUCGUCGUCGUCGUCGUCGCUGCCGAGGUCGAGGCGCUGGUGGAUUGAUGACGGAGGAAGGAUCGCGCGGCAUCAAGAUCGCAGAAACGCCCGAGAUGGAAUCACCUUCGGCCCGGGACGCUCUCGUUGAGGCCCAAGAGGAUUCCACCUCAGUGGAGCACGAGGACAGCGCGUCGUUGUCAGCCGACGCGACCGCAACAACAACAACAACAACAACCGCUGCUGCUACGACGACGACGGCGACGACGGAGGCGACGACCACGACGUCGUCGUCAGCGGACGCCACCGACGCUCGUCUUGCUCACGUCGGACGAGACUCGCGCGACGACUUGGUGAUGGUGUGCGAGAGACUGGACGAGCGAAUUGACGAAGAAGCCGCGGAGAGACAAUCGAGUGCUUACCCUUGCUCGUCGCAAGGGAAUCAACUUCAGGGAGUCGGCAUGGGUCUCCGGAUGGGGAAGGAAGCGAACAAGGACGACGAAGGGACGAGAAACGGCGCGGAAUCGCCACAGGUUCCGUCUCCUGGAGCCGAGGUGUCGUCGAGCACGAGCGAGCGCUGCAUGGACGAUCGACAGGCCAAGAUCGGCGACCUCGCAUCACCCAGCAUCUCCAGGAAGAGACACGCCGACAGCGACUUCUUGCCGAUCGGCGUGGAGAUCAAAAAGAUCGGCGUCGAGAUCUCGGAGGAGGAGGCGAUCCAGCUGCGGAACGACGUGAGGAGGCUGUCACCGGUGCUGGUGAGCCUGCGGGAGAGAACUCUCGGCGAGGUGUCGCUCACCUCGGAAUCCUGUCUCUUCGGGGACGAGGCGACGUCGAGGAGCAACGUCGUUCCGGUGGACGAAUCGUCGACGACCGGCGAUUCCGAGAUUCAGGAUGUCGCUGGGCCGUCGAAGCGAGAUGCUGAUCAUGACGAGGAGGCCGGCAGGGUCAGCCCCUCGAUAGCGGAAUGCACCAGCAGCGAUGUCCAGGACAAUCUGGACUGCGACGAGCAGAUGGACCGGAAGGAACAGGUACUCGGUAUCGAGGCGACCUCCGUUUCGUCCAAGUGCGACAGUUCCGAAACAACCAUGUCGUCGUUGACGCAGGACACGAAUGUCGAAGACAUCGGCGCUACGAGCGCGUCCAUCUUGACGCAGAAUAGCGCCGAGCUGGUGACGAGACAGCCAGUGUCUUCGAGUCCUGUCCUUCCACGCUUGGUCGUGAUGCUGAACCAUAUUGACCAAGCGGACGUAAACAAUAUCAAAGACAACGUUUGGUGUCACAUCGCCGAGGAGGGUUCGUGUCGGUUCAAGAGGAGAACGAAUUCUGUCGAGGAGGAGGAGCAGGAGGAGGAGGAGGAGGAGGAGGAAGAGGAGGAGGAGGAGGAAGAGCAGGUGGCAGGAAAAGAGGAACAAGUGAAAGAAGGAGAAGAAGAAGCGGAAGAAGAAACCGCGCAAAAGUGCAGAUCGACCAAGUCGAGCGCAGACUCCAAGAGGAGUCCGAAGAAACCUUGGCAGACGGACUCGUGUCUGUCCAUCAGGUCGAGGACGCGCAAGCUGACGGAGAGCAGCCCAGGCCCGCGUUACCCACUCAUGAAGACGUGCAAGAUAGUACUGGAGCGAAUUGGCGAAGCCAGCAGACAGCCUCAGCAGGAGGAGCCGGAUUCCACGAGGAAGCCGCGCGAGAAGGAGGAGCUACCGACACCGGUGGAGGUGAUAGGUAAGCUCGCGGAGAACGAAGAGGUGGUGCUGGCGAGCUCCUCGGACAGCCGAGUGUCCAACGAGCUGGACUCGUCGGAGAUGGUGCCGAGUUCGCCAGAGGAGCCGACGGAAGAGACGUCCGCGGACGUCGUCGAGGGCGUCGAUACCGAGACGGAGACGGAGACCGGCUCCGACAGCUCAGAGGUGUCGGCGAUGACGACCACCAUCCGACUGCGCGACGUCGACGUGCCGUCCGACCAGCUGCCCUGCGCCGAGGAAGUGCCGCCGCUCUGCUGCGUGGAAAUGGCGCCGAUCAUCACGCGACUGGAGGCCGAGCGACCGGAGCCCUACACCGAGGACUCCGCCGAGAGUUUGGCCUUGGCGACCGGCGCUAGGGACGAGGUCAGGUCGGACGGCAGCGAUUCCGGCUUGGGGAGCGAAAUCCCGGGCGACCCUGGGCCGGCACCAGCUCCGGAGAGCGACUCGGAAACAUCGUUUCUUGACAGGAUACCGGACGACAUCCUCUCCGACAAGGAGAAAGCGGUGAGCCAGCUGGACAGCUUCGUGCCGACAUCGGGAGCGGCCGGAACGCCGCAGCCGUCCCUCACGAGCUUCCGCACACCGCCCAAGAGCAACCUGAAGCGCAGGCUGACCGACUGCAUGGAGGGCGAGUCGUGCCCGAAGAGGAGCAACACGGACGAGCCUGUGAAGAAGAAACGCAACAUCCAGUUCGACGCGGUCACGGUCUAUUACUUCCCCAGGGCGCAGGGCUUCACGUGUGUGCCGUCUCAGGGUGGCAGCACGCUCGGCAUGAGCGCGACGCACACGCACGCCGAGAGGUUCUCGUUGUCGGAGCACGCGGCCGAGCAAAGGCGGAUCCACCGCGCGCGAUUGGCGCAGCUGCGCUCGGAGCGCGCGGCAAACUGCGUCACCGAGACGGCGUCGAGCUCCGAGGACCCCAGCGACGACACGGACGAGGAGCCAAGCGACAACGAGGAGCUCGACAUCGACAGCUACUACUUCUUGCAGCCGGUGCCCACGUGGCAACGGCGAGCCCUCCUCAGGGCCGCUGGGGUACGGAGGAUAGACGCAGUGGAGAAGGACGAGUGUCGGGAUAUCAGAGCCAGCAGGGAGCACUGCGGUUGCGGCUGCAAAGGAUACUGCGAUCCUGAGAGUUGUCCUUGCAGCAGGGCCAACGUCAAGUGUCAGGUGGACCGAGUGGGCUUCCCCUGCGGCUGCACCCGCGACGGUUGCGCCAACAGCUCCGGCAGGAUCGAGUUCAACCCGGUGCGGGUGCGAACCCAUUUCAUCCACACGCUCAUGCGGCUCGAGCUGGAGAAGAAGCAACGCGAAGAGGAAGGUGGCGAACACGAGGUAGCGGACAAUCAACAGAGCAGCGCCAGAGGUGGCGGACCCUUACGGGACGUCAGUCUAGGCUCCGUGAUGGAAGCCACUGCCGGCGACGCGUGCGUCCCAGCUGGGCCCGGAGGAGGCGGAGGCGGCGGUGGCUUCACCACCCUGCACUACGAGAACCAUGAGGGCGUAGGAGCCGCCGGCGUGGUGAGCAGCGGUUGCCAACCGGAGACGCCCGGCACACGGGAGGACAGUCUGGACCUGUACGCAAUCAGGGACGACUGUUACCCGAGUGAAGACGCGGUGGAUGGGAGCCAAUCGGCGCAGCGGAAGCUGCACCCUGAGUUCAGUCAAACCUUCCAAAGCUUCUCAAGCCAGAGCGCCGGAGGAGGAGGAGGAAGCGGUGGCGGAGGUGGUGGCGGCGGGGGCAUGAACUUCCAGCAGUCGUCGUACCAAGACUACCAGCCGUACGCGAGUGUACCGUCCACGUCGCGGGUGCAAUUCCAGCCGCAGUUCCAAUCGAUGCCGACGAGCCCAAGUUUCUCGCACUACGGGCCCUAUGGCGGCCAAGAUGGCGGCGCGCUUCAGGCUGGCUGCCAGGUACACCCGAGCCAGCAGCACUCAUCCUACGAGACGGCGUUCGCGCAGGACGAGAGCACCGGCUCGCAGUACACGAACCUCACCAACUCCGUGCAGCCGAUGAACGCGGUGGUGCAGCAGAUGGGCAAGCUGGAGCCUUUCUCCGAGCUCUUGUCCGGCAGGUACUCGUACUACGGCGAGAUGGAGCCGCAACAGCACGGUACUUACCACGCUGGCACCAACAACAAGGUCGAGAUGGAGGCCGGGCAUCAGGGGGCCAUCGCGAGCGAACAGCAGUCUGAGAGCACGGAGGACUGCGACGAGAACUUUGGCGAGAUUAUCAAGAAGUCCAUGGUGGAGACCGUGUCCGCCUAGGUCCAGCGGAAGUCACCCGACGCCGACGCGUAGGGCGUGUCAGGGUGAAUGCGCCGCGUCCUUUCGUCACUCGGAAGUGCGGAACCCUUCGGGAAGGUUCGAGUGAAGACUCGACCGCAGUCGAUGCAACAAGCGCUCCGGCGAAGCACCCGAAGAGCAUCUACGGCGUCUGGAAGCUGAGUCUGCUUCCCGAUUGGAAAUGUCCACGCAUGAGAGAGAGUUCGUGGCACGACACAAGGAUGCGCGCUCGGCUACACCCUGGUGGAGCUAUUACGAUCCACCCCCGCGCGAUCGGUCAAUCGUCCCUCGAGAUAGGGAGGGUGAGGUCUCCUAGGGAAACCAGCAGGGUCUCGUGGAGAGAAGUCGUUAGGGAAUUUUACGACUAUGACGUGUGCGUCCGCCCGGGAUGGAGGGGACUCGUGUCGCGUCGUCGUCUACGUCGUUCUGGACAAAGCAGACGAGCCGGACCGCCUAGCUGGCUCUGAUGACCGCCGGCCGGAGGAACCUUCCUCGCCCUCGCCGCGCUCGAGAAGCGACCGGUGCUCGUUGUUGUACGUCUUCGAACCACGCGUCCCGUAAAUAAUAUUGUUCAUACAGGGUCUCUACUUGAUAAAGAAGACCUUCUUCGAGAGCGCUCUCUCGCCCGCGGUGGCGGCCGUGGGAAUUCGAAUCCGGGCCGGGCCAGGCGAGGCGGUCCAGCCGGCGCCAGGUGGCGACGGCGAUGGCGACGGCGACGAGCGAAACGACCGGGAUCAUGGGGCGGGAGAGCCCGGCGCUCUCUCCCCGUGCCACGAUCUCCGUCAGGAAUCUACGAGAGCGAUCCGUGAGCAAGGGAGAGCAGGAGAGAGGGAAGAGAGAGAGGGAGGGAGGGAGAGAGAGAGAGAUUCAACGAGGUUGUGACCAAGAAACAACAUGGGAUCAGCUUAGAUUGCAGUUUAUAAUACCUAACUCUUUAAUACCUUAAGCGCGUACGAGAGGAGCGUGUGCAUGCGCGAGCGACCGGAGAGGCGGUCUUUUUCGUUGCGCCUGUCUUUUUAGGCGAACUCCGUAUCCACAUUUUGGGGCUCGCGCGCGUUCGGUGAUAGAAUAUCGAUCGAUCAAGGACGAACCCUGCUCGCUCUGCUUCGGAAGAGAGAAGGGAGGGAAGGAGGGAGGGAGGAAGGGAGGGAGAGAGAGAGAGUUCUUCUUCGUUCUGGAAAGCUCGACGCGGAGGGAGACGAUCGGAAUAUAAUUUGCGUUAUAUUUAUUAGGAACGUCGCGUCCGAAAUUUAGAUUAUUUAUUGUAUAUGUACGCUCAUAUAUUUUGUUAAAUAUGUGAACAUGUAUGGUUCUCAUCGGCCGGGAGAUCAAGGCGUGAGAUCCAUCUCUGUGUCGCUUCGUGAGAUUUACUCGAUAUUUUCUUACUCGAAAACUUGCUGAAUACGAAUAUCCCACUUUGUGCGCUCGAGUUUCCUUGAUUUCACGUUUGGGUUUUUCGAAAACAGAGCAAAACAGCCAUAGAGCAGACGGAAACAGGGCAGAGCGGAGCGUAUCGGCUCGGCGAAGGGUGCGUGAUCGCGCGACGGGGAAAUUGCGUUCCAGAACGAAGUUCCGAGAACUCUCGAGCGCGUGGAGAUUCGCGGCCGAGAAUCCGGAGAUUCGCGGCGUUCCGAGAGACGCGAGGCGAAACGGGAAACGAGGCGGCGUUUCGCCGCUCGCCGUCCGAUGGAAGCAGAGGCAAACGAGGGUGGAGGGGCGAGGGAGAGGGGUAAAAGUAAAAAGAGACAAAAGGGAGCACACGGUAAAACGUGAGGAGAAAGCGCACGCGUACACAUGACACAUUCGUAGACGAGCGUGAAACGUGAACGAUUGUGAUACUUGCGUUUACGAGAAACAAAAGAAAAAAUAAAACAAGCGGGCGGGAGGGAGAGAAACGGGUGCGGUGUCCGCCAGCCAGGUUCGUAGGUUAAGGGACAACAAAUUACGGGACUUUUUUACGCCAGUCACACUGUGUGUAGGAGCUGCGAACGGUGUUUUGUCGCACGAGAUGAUCGACGGCGAGGCGCGAAUUUCGAUUUUCUUCUCGCGGGAAUUUCACACGCGAAUCCACAGCGGCGGACGAGGGAGGAGCUGCGCGAACGCGUCGGGGCGCCGGAGGAGCACUCGUUUUCCACCCCGAUUAGUUGUCCGAGCCCGAGCGAUGCCUUGCGAUCCCCGAUCCUUCACGCCCGCGAAGGAUCGCUGUACAUACACACGUACGAGGACUGCGCUCUUUCUAAAUUUUGACAAAUGACGCCGCGUAUACUUUGUUCUCGAAGUGCACACAAGAUAUGUGUCGAAUCAUUCACAGAGAGAGAGAGAGAGAGAGAGGGAGGGAGAUCACGCUUUCCCAGUGUUUGCACUCGCGUGUUUGCUGACCGGCGCCCGACGUGUUCGACGGUGUUCGAGGAUAUUCAAUUGUUAAACGCGUAUUUGUAACUGAUAUUAACGGUGCCUAUUCGGAAUUAUAGACGAUUUUAAUCGCGCGAACUCCCGUCUCCGCGGAGGGGAGCAGCAACGUUUCCUUCGAGAGAGGAAGCGCGGCGUACACGGCGGCACUCCGACCGAACCUCGAAGCGAAGCCGAAGAGGACGAAGAGCGAGCCGAGGAGGAGGGAGGAAGAGGAGAAAGAGGAAGAGGGAAAUUCACGCUGAAGUCGACGAGACGGUCGCAGUUUGCCGCGAAAAAUUCAAGAGGGUUCCAAAGGAGAACGAGGGGAGCUCGCGAGGGGCACAACCACACCACCACGCCGACUACCUUUUGCACGCCCAUCCUCAACCAACCAACCAACCAACCAACCAACCAACCAACCAGUCACCCCCCGUAGAGAUAUUCAAGAGAACGGACCUCUCUUUAGCAUCCCGGGACGUUGAUCGCUGUGUCCACGAUUAAUUGAAGUAAUAUACAUAAGGAAACGUAAACGAUAACGACGAUAGUAUUAAAUUUAUAUACACACGUAAAAAAAACACGCGCGUAUACCCCCCAUAUACACGAGCUAAAAACACACACAGAUACAUUCACACGCGCACACACACACACACACACACACGCACACACACACACACACACACACACACACGUAUACAUACAGACUCGAGAAGCCGGACGUGUCAACUCCCGCGAGGCACCUUUCCUCCACUUUUCUUUUCGAGUUUUCUUCUCACCCCUUAAUCGCGCUUUCGUACCUCGCUGUGUUCAUCAUCGAUGAUCGGUGCCUAAUAAGACGAGCAGAGACAAAAAACGAGGAGAGGUCGCUGAUGGGUGAGAGAAAGGGGGGGAGGGAGAGAGAGAGAGAGAGAGAGACAAGAAGGGAGAAAGAGCGAAAAGUCCGAGCGGCGCUUCGGGGAAAACGCGGGGGUGCGUCCGAUGCGAGGGAUGUGACACGUCCGCGCGCCCGCGCGCGCGAGAGCGCGCGACAUGAAGAAAUAAGCGUAUAAGUUACACACGUAUGUAAGUAACUUUUAGAGUAUUUGAGUAAAAAAGAGGCAUACACAUAGUUGAUAGCGUUUUAUUAAAUGUUGUGAAAAAGUC